AUGAGGACAGAGGCACGCCGGAAAAAUCUUCUUAUUUUGAUUUUGCAUUACUUAACACAAGAAGGAUACAUUGAUGCGGCCAGUGCUUUGGAACAAGAAACCAAACUGGGGUUACGACGCUUUGAAGUUUGUGACAACAUUGAUCUUGAAACUAUUUUGAUGGAAUAUGAAAGCUACUAUUUUGUAAAGUUUCAGAAAUACCCCAAAAUUGUCAAAAAGGCAUCCGAUACAGCAGAAAAUAAUUUACCACAAAGAAGUGGAGGGAAGACCAGAAGGAUGACAAAUGACAGUUGUCAAAAUCUCCCCAAGAUCAAUCAGCAGAGGUCACGACCCAAAAGCACAAUGGGGAAGACAGGGGACUUCAAAUCUCUCAAUAAGGAGCAUCCCAAACAGGAAGCUAUGAAUAGCACUCGUUUGGAGAGUGCUGACUUUGGCCUAAAUAUCUCAGGCAUCAACAAAGGCAGUGGAGAAGAAAAAGUCUACCCACGAAGGGGCCAAAUCAUUGACUUCCGAGGGCUGCUCACAGAUGCUAUCAAAGGAGCAACUAGUGAACUAACCUUGAACAGCUUCGACUGUAACCCAGACCCCUCAGAACGGUUGCUGAAACCUCUGAGUGCAUUUAUUGGCACAAACAGUGAGAUGCGAGAAUUGGCAGCCGUGGUGAGCCGGGACAUUUAUCUCCAUAAUCCAAACAUAAAGUGGAAUGACAUUAUUGGACUCGAUGCAGCCAAGCAGUUAGUCAAAGAAGCAGUUGUGUAUCCUAUAAGGUACCCACAGCUGUUUACCGGGAUCCUUUCGCCCUGGAAAGGACUACUGCUGUAUGGCCCACCAGGAACAGGAAAGACUUUACUGGCCAAAGCUGUGGCCACUGAAUGUAAAACAACCUUCUUUAAUAUUUCUGCAUCUACCAUUGUCAGCAAAUGGAGAGGGGAUUCAGAAAAACUUGUUCGGGUGUUAUUUGAACUUGCCCGCUAUCACGCCCCCUCCACAAUUUUCCUGGAUGAGCUGGAGUCGGUGAUGAGUCAGAGAGGCAUGGCUCCCGGGGGAGAACACGAAGGGAGCCUCCGGAUGAAGACAGAGCUACUGGUGCAGAUGGACGGGUUGGCUCGCUCAGAAGAUCUUGUGUUUGUCUUAGCAGCUUCUAAUCUGCCAUGGGAGCUGGAUUGUGCCAUGCUACGUCGCCUGGAGAAGAGGAUUUUGGUUGACCUCCCCAACCAGCAGGCCAGGCAGGCUAUGAUCCGACACUGGCUGCCCCCUGUGAGCAAGAGCGGAGCCCUGGAGCUGCGCACGGAGUUGGAGUAUGGAGUGCUGAGCCAGGAGACUGAGGGCUACUCAGGCUCAGACAUCAAGCUUGUCUGCAGGGAGGCAGCCAUGCGACCUGUGAGAAAAAUCUUCAGUACCCUCGAAAGCCACCAGUCAGAGAGCAGUAACCUACCUGCCAUCCAGCUGGACACUGUGACCACUGCCGAUUUUCUGGAUGUACUGGCCCACACAAAACCUUCAGCAAAGAAUCUAACUCAGAGAUAUUCAGCCUGGCAGAGAGACUUCGAGUCUGUUUGA